ACGACUCGGUAACUGGGCUGCAUGCCCGCGGCUGCGGAGUGCGCAGGCGCGCCUAGGUGGCCGCGCUCCUGGCCGCCUAGAGCCGGAGCGGCCCGCGGAGCUGCGGAGGCAGCCAUGGUCCGGGCGCUGUGCGGCUGCUGGUUCCGCCUGGGCGGGGCCCGCCCGCUCAUCCCGUUCGGCCCGACUGUGGUACAGACCUCCAUGAGCCGGUCCCAGGUAGCCCUGCUGGGCCUGAGUCUGCUGCUCAUGCUCCUACUGUAUGUGGGGCUGCCGGGCCCCCCCGAGCAGAGUUCCUGGCUCUGGGGAGACCCCAAUGUCACAGUCCUGGCUGGUCUCACCCCUGGCAACUCCCCCAUCUUUUACCGCGAGGUGCUCCCACUCAACCAGGCACACAGGGUGGAGGUGGUGCUGCUUCAUGGAAAGGCCUUUAACUCUCACACGUGGGAGCAGCUGGGCACACUGCAGCUACUGUCGCAGAGGGGCUACCGGGCCGUGGCCCUUGACCUUCCAGGUUUUGGGAACUCGGCACCUUCAAAGGAGGCAAGCACAGAGGCAGGGCGGGCAGCGCUGCUGGAGCGGGCGCUGCGGGACCUGGAGGUACAGAAUGCCGUGUUGGUGAGCCCCUCGCUGAGUGGCCACUAUGCCCUGCCCUUCCUGAUGCGAGGCCACCACCAGCUACAUGGAUUCGUGCCCAUCGCACCCACCUCCACCCAGAACUACACCCAGGAGCAAUUCUGGGCUGUGAAGACUCCAACCCUUAUCCUGUAUGGAGAGCUGGACCACAUCCUGGCUCGAGAGUCACUGCGGCAGCUCCGCCACCUGCCCAACCACUCUGUGGUGAAGCUACGCAAUGCAGGCCAUGCCUGCUACCUCCACAAGCCGCAAGACUUCCACCUUGUCCUGCUUGCCUUCCUUGACCAUCUACCUUGAACUAACCCACUCCCAGGUCCCGGCCUGGCCUGAGCUUGGACAGUCUGGACCACCACCCUCCCCCGACCAGGGAGACAGCCUCUGGGAUUGGAGGCCAGAGGCCAGAGGGUCAGACCCAGCUAGGACUUCUCAUUUCGUCUCACAGACACAAUAAAAAAGCAUAUUUGUCCUGCCUGGGAA